AUGCUUUUCUCUACUAUCAUCGCCUUCCUCCCCCUCCUCGCUCCAGCCUUCGCCAAAAUCGACCCAGUCAUCGAUAAGGAUCUCACCUCUCCCUGGGCCGGAAAAGUCGGCCCAGUGCCACGCUUCGAAUGCAUGUGCGACUGCGGAUCUCCGGAAGCCUCUAGGCAGGUCACCACAGAGCUCUGCGAGGGCGCUAUCAAACUCGGCCGUAAGCGCGAAAUCCGAUUGAUGGAGGACGGUUCCUGCGCAUUCUGGGGUCUCGAUGUUAGCAUGUUCCCAGAAGAGAUUGGAAGCUCUUGGGGCAAAGAAAUUUGCACUGAGAAGGGAUGCAACGCUACAAGCACUUGCGAUUAUAUUUCUUGCUCUGGGAUUGAAAGAACAAAGUGGACUGCGCCCGAACCCGAGCAAGGCGAGGAGACCGCUGAACAAGAUGAUGCUUAG